AGGAGUUCAGGCGAUGCCUCUACCCCCACCACCUCCAUCUAUGCCAACAUUGUCUCAGCCACCAGUGAAACUUGCUGCGCCUGCCCAGGUGAUUAACUACUCUGUUAAACUGCCCACAUCGGCUGUGAAUACCUCCCAAAUACCUCCUGUGGCACUGCCAGGCCAUGCAUUGUCUACACAGCCAAUCCCUCCUCAACCGCCACCGUUUCCUGCGGUAACUCAGCCUGCAGUCAAAGUCUGCAAAACACAGCCACCAGUGCAGAUGUCUGCAUGCCAGGCACCACCUCCUCCACCCCCACCUCCUCCACCCCCACCUCCUCCUCCUCCACCUGCUAAUGCCUACCCUCUGGCAGCACACUCACAGCUUAGCCUCAGUGCUCGAUGUCCCACUCCAGUCAGCAACAACCAUUCCACAUUUCCACUUAGCCCGCCAAGACCUGAUGAGGAUUUUCCACCUCCACCUCUGGAUUCUGACACACAAAAGGGCUUCCUACCCUUUCCCCCUCCACUGCCCCCUCCUAAACAAAUCCCACAUCACCUGCUUCCCACUAGCAUCCCUGGGGAGAGAGUGCCCAGUUCACCCUCGCAUGGGGCUUCACCGCGCUCUGGCAAGAGGCCGCCUCCUACCCCACAACGGAAUUCCAGUGUCAAGGAAUCAAGAGCGGGCGUGGCAUCUGCAGUGGAGAGAAUGGGAGUGACCGACACUGAGCAAACGGCAAUGAGCCGUGCUCCCUCCACACAGGCUAAGCCUGGGAAGUUGAACUUUGCAGCAAGGAAUAUUCCUAUCGUCUUUCCACCACCUGGGAGCAAGCUCAAGUCUGCUGUGAUGUCUCCUGAGCUGCCACCCCCUCCACCUCCAGAGGAGGCAGACUUUCCUCCACCGCCAUUUAUGAACGUAGAUUGCUUACCCCCCCCUCCAGAGCUGCCUCUUCAUGCAAAGCAGCCCUCGGGGCCCCCAGCAACAUUGCCCAAGCCACCGCCCGUGCACAUGCCUCAGGCCUCCAAAGUGGCCUGCGGUCAAGAAAGUCCUCUCCGCAAACAAGCCGCCUCCUCCGGCCACGAGGGACCGGCUCAGUCCCCGCCCAAACCCUCCUCUACCAAGGCAGCUUUUUCACAGAAAAAAGUGGCACCGCCCACGCUGCCCAAACGCAGCGACAGCACACGGCUCUCUGGACAGGCAGAUGCCCCGGGCUCUCCACCAGUGCCCGUGGCGGAAGCUCUUGAUGCAUCCAACCCGGGAGCCCCGGGUAGCCCCAGCACCCUCUCGGCCGCCUCGCCAUCGAGCUCUCCAAGCCGGCCGGGUGGUCUGGCGCAGGCCAGUUUCAUUGCCGAUCUCAAUCGCACCUUAAAGCGCAAGUCCCUGAAGCAACACGUGGGCUCGCCCAUGCACGGGGCGGAUGACGCGACCCUGCCGCCGCCACCGCCGGAGCUCCUGAGGGAGCCCGACAGCCCGUCGGUCUCCUCUCCCGGUGUCUCGAGGUACGCCACGUUGCGUCGAGCAGCGGCGCCACCACCGCCCCCCAAACGGGACAACAGCACCCGCCUCACGCACGACUAGGGUGCAAGCGUCGUUACGCGCCGAGCU